GAAUGUGGACCCCAUAAAUCCCUUAGAGGAGCUGAAGCGAGGGAAAAAGAAGUGGCUGGGAGGGCAGGGAGGGCCAGCAGGACUAAGAGGGCCACGUGUGAAGGGGCCCAAGUGAAACCCUCGUCGCUGUUGUGUCUGAUCCAGGGUUCCGGGCCAAGAUGAAUUUCUUAUCUGUUCCAGAGAAGUCCCCAGAGCCUAAGGAGGCUACCACUGAGAAGAUACAAGUCAAGGGAUCCUCCUCUACCGUGGGCAAAUCUAGCUUUGGCAAACACCUCUCCGUGGGUGCUCGCACCUCUCAUACCUCCUAUGGCACCGGCAGCCUUAAAAGCAGAGGCUCUAAAGGGAGUAAGACGAGUGGCUCGAUGGAAGGAGACUGGGAGCAAGAGCAAGAGAAGAAGUCCAAGCAUAAAUCCAAAAUGCAGCGGGGCCAGAAGAAGCACAUGACUAUAGGAGAUCUGCUGAAAAAGUUUUGUAGUGAAAUACAUAAAAUCUGUGUCCGAAUCCAAGAUAUGCUCUUAGUCCUCAUCAAAAGCAAUUACUUUGAGUCCUUCAUCUUCAUCGUGGUCUGUCUUAACACUUUGUUGCUGGUGAUCCAGACUUUUGCCGAGGUGGAGAUCUGGGGAGAAUGGUACUUCACAGCUUUGGACUCCGUCUUCCUCUGCAUCUACUUUAUGGAAUCUUUUAUAAAGAUCCUGGUCCUGGGAACUGGAUACUUUCAUAGCUGGGACAACCUAGACUUUUUCAUCAUGAUCAUGGCCCUGUUGGACUUCGUGCUCAAGCAGAUCUACUUCUCCUCUGCCAAGAAAAUGACCCAAAGCAAAACUGUCUUCCGAGUCCUGAAGAUCUUUAAAGGCCUUCGAUCCCUGAGGGCCAUCAGGGUGAUGCGGAAACUCAAGUUCCUCACCAGCCUCAAGGGGGUGGCAGAGACUCUGGCCAGAUCAGCAUCAUCCAUCACAGCCAUCCUUGUCCUGAUGUUCACCUGCCUUUUCUUCUUCUCUGUGAUGCUCCGAGCCCUGUUCCAUGAGGAAGAUCCGAAGCAUUUUGGGAACAUCUUUAUCACCAUCUUCACCCUCUUUACCAUGCUCACACUGGAUGACUGGUCCAUGACCUUCUUGGACAAACGAACAACAAAUUCCUGGUACAUCAUUCCUAUCCUCAUGAUCUACAUUGUCAUACAAUACUUGAUUUUCCUCAACCUAGUGAUAGCAGUGCUGGUGGAUAACUUCCAAAUUGUCCUCCGCAACAAGCAGGAAAGGGCGAAAGAGCAGAAAGUAGCCCGGAUGCAUGAGAAGCUUUUGGAUGAGUCUCUGACGCACCUUGAUAAAGAAGUGGAAGAACAGAAGAGUGAUAUCUCUUUACAAAUGGAUAUUAUUGAGAAAAAAUAUGGACACUUUACUCCUAAACAGAAGGAAACCAUGUUCCACUAUCUCCAGCUGAUGGCUGCUGUUGAACAUCACCAGCAGAUGUUUCGCUCCCAGGCAGCAAUCAUUGAUGAGAUCAUUGAUACGGUGUUUGAAGCUGGAGAAAAUCCAUUCAAUACAUUAAGACUCCAACAAAAUGAAUAGAAGAAAUUAACCUCCUGGACCAGACUGACCUUUACCCCCAAAUCCCAAUAGAGUCCUGAAGUCUGUUUAUA